AACGAGCUCGCGGAAUGUGAACCAGCUUCCCACAAUGCUUAGAAGGGGAAGGAGGGCUCACUCAGAGGAGGCUGGGAUUUCUCUUUAAACAACCCCUCCAUUUCUGCUUAUUUAUAUCUUAUUCGUGCACUUGUUCCUCCUGAGGCAUACUCACUGCCUCUUAUUUUUAGUGGAAGUUGUUGAGAGAGAUUAUCUUCCCUCUCUCGCUUCAGCCUGGAAAUUAGCAGGUGUCUGUUGCUGUAGGUGCGCACCCCUGCUUUAUUUCAACACCAGUGUCAUAACAAGGAAACUGUGGAAGACACAACACAGAACACAAUAAACAGAAGUAUAUAUGAACAAGCUCUGGGCAGAGAGCUUCUCCUCCGGCCUCCUAUGGCCUCCCUGCCUGCUUCCUCAGUCCAGGCAUGACUGUCACCCCUAAAACACACAGUGCUCAAUCUGGUUCCUCCUCUUACAGCGACACAAGUCCCAGAUCCGGUCCGGUGCAAAUGGAUGAGAUCGAAGGCCUGCGUUUGAAGCUCUCCUCUGAGGACGCCGUGUCACUCGCUUCCUCUUUGCCUGAGGCCAUCAACAUAGAAGAUUAUCAUUAUGCUGUACUGCGAGGCGAGCUCGAGUCCAACGCCCAGAACCUGGAGGCGGAGUCAUGGAGCAUGGCUGUGGACCAGAACUACCUGAAGGCCCUGAACAAAGAGGCUGUUAAAAAACAGGACAUCAUUUAUGAGUUGAUCCAGACGGAGAUGCACCAUGUACGCACCUUAAAAAUCCUUCUCCAUGUCUACAUGCACGAGUUGGGGCAGUCUUUGCUGAUAGAGGAGUCCAGACUGGAACGGCUCUUCUUUGGUGUGGAAUCCCUGCUCAACCUCCACCAGCACUUCCUUAACUGCCUCAAAGUGCGCCAAACUGAAAGCCAGGAGGAAGGAAGCCCAAACAACUACCAGAUCACACAACUGGGGGAUAUUCUCAUCUCUCAGUUUUCAGGUGCACUGGGAGAAGGAAUGGUGGAGUGUUACAGUGUCUUCUGCAGUCAUCAAAAUGAAGCCAUCGGCUUCUACAAAGAGCAGCUACAGAACAACAAGAAACUGCUGCUGCUCAUUAGGAAAAUAGGUCAGCUGGCCAUAGUGCGAAGGUUAGGAAUCCCUGAGUGUUUUCUGUUGGUGACUCAACGCAUCACAAAAUAUCCCACCCUGGUGGAGCGACUCAUACAGAACACUGAAGCUGACACAGAUGAGUACGCAUCUCUGGUACAGGGCUUGGCGCUGAUCAAAGACGCCAUCUCUCAGGUGAACGAUAAUGUCAGUGAAUACGAGAAAGCUGCUCGUCUGAGAGAGAUCGGCCUGCGUCUGGAGCCGAAAUCUCAGAGCCGACUGAAGGAGGGUCAGCUGUUCCGCAGGGAGGAUCUGAUCCAGGGAAACAGGACGCUGCUGCAUGAAGGCGCCGUCACCUGGAAGUCCUCUGGUAGACAAAAAGACAUCCACGCUGUGCUGCUGUCAGACGUGCUCCUCCUCUUACAAGAGAAAGAUCAGAAGCUUGUGUUUGCUGCUGUGGAUAACAAACCACCCGUCAUCCCCCUUCAAAGGCUGAUAGUUAGGGAAGUGGCUCAUGAGGACAAAGCCAUGUUCCUUAUCUGUGCAUGCACCACCAGCAUGCCAGAGAUGUACGAGAUCCACACAGGCUCCAGAGAGGAACGCAUCACAUGGACGGCACUGAUUCGGGAGGCUGUGAACCGGUAUCCAGAAGAGGAGCUGUACCGCGAACUGACUGCUAAACUGCAACAGUAUCAAGAUGUUCUAAAGAUGAGGGAUGACCUUAUAAUGCAAAAUCUGACCGAGAAACAGCAGAUCUUUGCUGCUCUCUAUGAGACAGUGAUGGAGCAGGAAACCCCCCACAAAGGGCUGCUGCUCCGAGGAGACGCUACUGACCUCCAGCAGGGGGAGACACUGCUCAUAGGAGCCAUCGAUGAGGUGGAGAACUUGCAGAACCUGCUCUUCUCAAGGUUAAGAGACCCAAGCCCUUUUAAGGAUGGGAGCAAGAUGCAGGGGCAGCUGCUCUGGAGGGCUGAAACCUUUGGAGUGGCUGAUAGUAACCCUGCUGCAAGCACUGUGAAAAAUGGCGAAGCAGCCACGAGGCCAGAUGGCAGCGAGGGCAGCCUCGUCUACAGCAGUCACUCCACUUCUGACCCUCAGCUCCAGGAAACGUACCCCUCUGGGAGCCGAGAACAGUGUGCUGAUGACGAGACAGACAUUCCAGAGAGCCGUCAUUUCCCUGAGGCAGAGGUGUGUGACCGCGUGAUACUGCUCGCACAGAGGCUAUACAGUUUACAAGCCAUCGUCGCCCAGCAGGACAGCCAGAUUGAGCUGCAGCGCACUUUUCAGUCAAAGACCAAGCAGCCCGCUCGUCACUACAGCGGCAUGCUGCUCGAGCAGGAGAAGCAGCGCAACUUGGAGAAGCACAAGGAGGAACUUGCUAACUUGCACAAGCUGCAGGCCCAGCAUCGAGAGGAGCAGCAGCGCUGGGAGAAGGAGAGGGAGCGUCAGAGGAUGCACAUCGAGGCUCUGGAGGCUCAGCUGCAACAGAGGGAGGAGGACUGCCGGAAGUGGGAGGAGAAGCUCGGUGAGGAGAAGGCCGAGCUGGAGAAGCAGAAGGAAAGCUACCAGCAGGGCCUGGAGAGGCUGAGGGAAUCCACCAAAUCAGUUGACAAGGAGAAGGAGCGUCUUACUCAGGAGAAGGAGCGUCUCGAGCUGCUGCAGGAGAAAAUAAAGAAGUGCAUCCCAAACCAAGGACUGUCCAACUACGAUGAUCCUGCACAAUACUGGGGUCUCUCCAGUUAUCAGUCGUUCAGGGGAAGCGUAGUGAACGGAAGUGGGAAUCUGACCUUGCCUCCAAAGCUCCCUGCUGUGGAAAACUCCUUGGAAGUUCCUCCAAAGGUUCCACCACGCAAGGAGAGCAUCAGCCCCCAGCCGGCCAAGCCCGAGCUGCCCAUCCAACUGAUCAGCACCACCAACCAGGUGCACAAGCCCGCCGCCGUGCAGCAGCAGAUUCCCACCAAGCUGGCUGCUCUGUCCAAGGGAAAGGAGAAAGGCUUCAAGACGAAGGGGUCCCACCAGAGGACACACAGUGCAGCAUCUAUAGAUGUGAACCAGGUGCUGCCCAUCCGAGUGACGGGGAAAGAAGGAGGCAGUCUAAGAGCCAAAAGGGACGCCAGUCCUCAAAGAAUCUUCCAGUCAGGUACCUUCAACCCACCAGCAUCUGUCCGCGGUGUAAAGAUGUCUCAGUCGUUCAGCACAUACAACAAGGGCGGCAGAGAGGCUCCACCACCAGCGCCACCUCCUUUUCCCAAAGAUGUUCUCGAAAAGGGCAAAGAGAAGGUGAUAUUCCUUUAAUCCUGAACUACAGACUGAGUUUGGAUGAGGUCUUGUCUAUCGUAAAGACUUGUGCACAUGGAAAGACUGCUGGAGCUGUUAAAAGACAUUGGACUUGACUUCAUGACGUCCGUGUGUCCAAUAUGAGGAACAUCGUGGAAUUUUCUUUCUGAAAACAGCUUUUUGCCUUCAAAUUAGCUGAACUUAAAAUCAAGAAAGUAUCUGUGGCACAGGUUGGUCAAAAAAUAUCAAAAGCUUUGCCCAUUUGUACAUUGUAGAAGAUCAUGAUUUUAACGAAGAUGAUGCAAAAGACUUUGCCAAAGACUUCUUUGAGAAGUACUUUUUUAGCAUUUUUAUGUGAAAUGAACAUAGGCUGUCUUUAGCACUCGUGUCUUAACUCUCGAGCUUUGAUUUUAAUUUAAUGAAUAUAAUACGGUGUGAGGAAGCUAUAGAUUUACAAAGUUUACAUCUGUUUAGAUAUGAGCUGCAAAGCGCAACAUUUUUAUUUCAGAAAGAAUCAAAUAACCUUACAAUUUGUGCUGUGGCCCUGCUCCUCAGUAUGCAUCAUAAUCAAAUCAUAAAUUGUGGGGUAUUGGAAGAAACUGCAUUGUGGUUGUAAAUACUAUCAGCUGUUUUGUGCACUUUCUGACUGGAGACAGUCCACGAUAUGAGCAGGGCUGUUUCAGACAGCUGCUUGGAAGCAUUUAUGAGAAUGUAGCAGAACGAUUGUCAUUUACUGGUAAAUAAUCUGGCAUAACGUAACAUUUAGCAUUGCACACAAUGGCCGCCGUCACCUUUUUGGUUCCAUGUAAAUUGUCUGUAAAUUGUCUUCCAAAUCCCAACAAUGGGUCAUGGAAUAAAAAGAUGGUUGACUUGA